UAGGCUUCUCUGAAACUUGGAACCUUUAUCGAUCUUUGGGUUAUGAACUGCAGCUGAAUAGACUUUAAUGAGAAAAAGAAGCAAAUAGACUUAGAACUUUAUGAGUUUGACAACUCAGACCAUUUUAGAACGUAAUGAGCAAAAGCAACGAGAAUUGUUAGAAUGUUCUGGACUCAGCUUUUUUAAAUAAGCAAGUAGGCCAGUGCUAAUGGCGGCUGCCUUUUUUUCUCUCCGAGAGCAGGACCCCAACAGUAACCGGAUUGGUCAAUGGCUGGAUGUGCGGCCGAGGCAGGGCAUGGUGGAUCUAUCUUUCCAGUUAGCUGAUGAACCUUCCCUGGGGACUUACACCAUCAGCGUGGCCAGCACAAAAGCUUCCAGUACCUUUAGUGUUGAGGAGUAUGUGCUGCCAAAAUUCGAGGUUUUCUUUGAGGGGCCAAUUCAGAUUUACGCAUUGGAUAAAACCUUCCCACUCCGUGUGUGUGGCAGGUACACCUAUGGGAGAGCAGUGCAGGGCACCAUCCAGGUGACCCUGUGCCAGAAAGCUUGGCGGUACAAGCAGCCUCCAAGACACUUUGGCACAGAUAUCUGUGAAGAGUACAGUGGCCAGACCACCAGCAGGGGCUGCUUCUCCACUUCUGUGAGCAUGGCAGUCUUUAACCUCACCUCCUACGAGUAUGACAGCAAGCUCAGUGCAGAGGCCUCUCUGGUGGAAGACAGCACAGGGCUGCAAAUCAAUGCCUCCAGCCAAUUUCUUAUCUCCAGGACAGCAGUGACUGCCACAUUUGAGGAGCUGGAUGAUUACUACAUCCCUGGAGUCCCCUACAGAGGGAAGAUUAAGCUACAGGAUCAUCGUGGGGAUAUUAUGAAAAGCACAAAAGUUUACCUCAUGAUAAGCUACAUGGGGCGACGGUUUAACAAAACAUACAUUACGGAUGGCACUGGAAGAGCUUCAUUCAACAUGGACACAACUGCCUGGAAUAGCUCGUCGGUCUCUUUGGAGGGAAGAUUCAAUCUGGAGGAUCUGGUGCAGGAACCUGGGAAGAUCAACAUUGAUUAUGUGAACACUUACCAGUACCUGCAGCCAUUCCAUGUCACAACCAAGAGCUUCCUGAAGAUACACCCACUGCCGGGAACGCUGCCCUGCGGGCUGCAGCAGAAUGUCCAGGUUACAUUUGCCCUCAGACGGAAGGACCUGGGAGAAGGAGCCAGCCGCAUGGAUUUCACCUACUAUGUCACUGGGAAAGCUGGGAUUGUUGUUAGGGGCCAGAAGAACAUACGGAUUGGGAAACUGAGCACACUGAAAGGCUCCUUCUCCAUCCCUCUGACCUUCACCUCUGAUGUCACACCCGCCCCUUCAUUAGUGGUGUACGCCAUCUUCCCCAGCAAAGGGGUGGCAGCUGACAGCAUCCAGUUUGAUGUUGCCAUGUGCUUCAAAAACCAGGUGACGAUGGGCUUCUCAGCUAAAGAAACUCUCCCAGGAUCGACAGUCCAGCUCCAGCUUCAGGCGGCUUCUGGCUCGGUGUGUGCAGUCCGGGCAGUGGACAAGAGCGUGCUCCUCAUGAGGCCAGAGAAAGAGCUGACCAACCAAACAGUCUAUGAGUUAUUCCCUUUCAUACACCGCCAUGGGUACCCCCACCAAGUUGAGGAAUACCCAGAUCUAUGUGUGCGACUUCCACCUUUAUUACCACUGGUGUCACGGGGGCCUUGGUAUCCCUAUCAGCCAGAUGUCUUUAACCUCUUCAGGAGCGUAGGCCUGAAAAUCUUUUCCAACCUCAUGAUAAAGAAGCCAACUCAGUGCUAUUAUCCCGUGGAUAAGAGGCCGACAGCACCCCCACUAAGGCCCAUCAGCAUCCUGGAGGCUCCUCCAGAAUCCACUAUCCCAGGGAGAGUUCGCCAGUAUUUCCCUGAAACCUGGCUCUGGGAUUUGAUCUCUGUCGGUCCCACUGGAAACAGGGAUGUCCCAGUCACAGUGCCUGACACCAUCACCGAGUGGAAAGCCGGGAUGUUCUGCAUGGCCAGGCUGGGCUUUGGACUCGCCCCAACCACGAGCCUUGUGACAUUCCAGCCCUUCUUUGUGGAUGUGACGCUGCCGUACUCUGUGGUCCGGGAAGAGACCUUCACCCUAAAGGCCACCAUCUUCAACUACCUGCAGCAGUGCAUCCAGAUCCAAGUGUCCCUGGCUAAAUCCCCAGACUUCCGGCUGGAGCUAUGCAGGAGCUGCAGGUACAUCCACUGCCUGUGUGCAGAAGAAUCCAGAACCUUCUCAUGGAGCGUGACAGCCACAACAUUGGGGGUGGUGAAUAUAACGGUCAGCACAGUGGUGAUGGACAACACGCCACAGUGUGGAGGCAGGAUGACCUUCCCCCGAGCAAUGCCACGGAAGGAUACACUGGUCAAAUCCCUGCUAGUUCGGCCAGAGGGAGUGCUCGUGGAGAAGGCUCACAGCUGCCUGCUGUGCCCUAGAGGAGGAAAUACAGUCAAAGACCCUGUGUCCCUCACCCUCCCUGCUAAUGUAGUGAAAGGAUCAGCCAGAGCUACCAUCUCUGUCUUGGGUGACAUCAUGGGGACGGCGCUGCAGAACCUGGACCGGCUGGUGCAGAUGCCCAGUGGCUGUGGGGAGCAGAACAUGGUGCUGUUUGCCCCCAUCAUCUACGUGCUGCAGUAUCUGGAGAAGACGGGGCAGCUGACCCCGGAGAUCAGGGAGAGGGCAACGGGAUUCCUGCGCAGCGGGUACCAGAGGCAGCUCCUGUAUAAGCACAGCCAUGGUGCUUACAGCGCCUUUGGGCAGCGUGAUAGAGAGGGGAACACGUGGCUGACGGCAUUUGUGGUUAAGAGUUUUGGACAAGCCAAAAAAUCCAUCUUCAUAGAUGACAAGAACAUUCAAGAUGCCCUGAAAUGGCUGGAGCUUCACCAGCUCCCCAGCGGCUGCUUUACCAACAAAGGGAGGCUCUUCCACUCUUCCAUGAAGGGCGGUGUGAAUGAUGAGAUCUCUCUGGGGGCCUACAUCACUGCGGCACUGCUGGAGCUGGGGCAGCCACUGAAGGGCAGCAUGGUGCAGGCCGCCUUACAUUGCCUCAUUCACGCCGUUCACAAUGUCACCAACAUUUACACGGAAGCCGUGCUGGCCUACGCCUUCGCCCUGGCCGGGGACUAUGAGGUGACCCAGGAGCUGCUGUACAAGCUGGAUGAACAGGCCAUCAGAUCAGGAGGCCAAAUCCACUGGAGCCCCAAGCCCAGCUCCACAGAUUUCUGGCCUAGGACUCAGUCAAUGGAUGUUGAGCUGACAGCCUAUGUGCUCCUGGCUUACCUCUCCAAACCACGUAUAAACGCAGGGGACAUGGCCACUGCUGCUGGCAUCGUGGCCUGGCUGGCCCGGCAGCAGAAUGCCCGCGGAGGGUUUGCUUCCACACAGGACACGGUGGUCGCACUGCAGGCCCUGGCUAAGUACGCAGCCCGGACGUUCAGCACACUGGCACAGGUGACAGUGACGGUGAAGUCUCAGGGGAGCUUUGAGAGGAAGUUCCAGGUCACCCACAAGAACCGGCUGCUGCUGCAGCAAGCGGUGCUAACGGAAAUCCCUGGGGAGUUCUCAGUGCAGGCCCAGGGCAGUGGCUGCAUCUAUGCCCAGACGGUGCUGAGAUACAACGAGCCUCCUCCAUGGGUCUCCGUGACCUUCUCUCUGCGCGUCACCACACAGCUGAUCGACUGUGCCAAGGGCAAUGCACACUUCCUCACUGUCCACAUCCACGUCAGCUACAUCGGGAGCAGAGUCACUUCCAACAUGGUGAUUGUGGAGGUCUCCCUGCUGUCUGGAUUCAGUCUGGCUUCAGGCUCCCGCACAUCGCUUCAGCAGAGACCCCUCGUUAGGAAAACGGAGGUGAAAAUUGAUGUAAUCUUCAUUUAUCUGGAGAAGCUGAGCGAUGAGUCACAGACUUUUGUCCUGCAACUGGAACAAGAGAUCGAGGUGAAGGGCCUGAAACCAGCCAACAUCAAAGUCUAUGACUACUACCAGCCAGAGGAGCGAGCCCUGGCUGACUAUAAUGCUGCCUGCAGCUGAGCACAGGGGGAGGAGGCUGGAUAGAAGCGAAGCAUCCAGCAGUGACUCUCACCACAGCUUGAUAACCUUCCUGCAGCCUCCUGCUGGGAAGUGGGGAAGGCAAUGGCUGUGCUGCAUUGUGGGAAACCUGUGAGGGAUUCACGGAGGAGCUUCUGGCUGGGGAGAUUGGAUUAUGGCUUCGUGCCCUGCUUGCAGUUCCUGUCUGACUUUUCUUUCCAGGGGGAGGGUGUCUGGCUUCAAGUCAAUUUAAUCUGGGGAAUUGCCCAAGGAAAAGAAUUAAAAAAUUGC